CGAUUUUACCCGCGCACAAAUACACAAUUAGCAUCAUUUGGUGGUAGAAAAGGGAUUAAACAAAGGUAGCUUGUUACUUUGACAAACAAAUUUCUCUCGUAAUCAAAUUUAUUUUUUUAUGACCGAUAGAACUCAAAGAAUUAAAAAAGUAAAAAUUAAAAGUAUACCUGUCCUUUGGACAAGUCUACCCCUUAUUUUGUGGAAGCUUGUCGCUGACUUGCUGUAAGCUCUCUACUACUAGUCUUUCAGCCCGCCAGCAAAAUACCCAUGUUACUCUUCUUCGUUGCUUCUACUGCCAAUUCCUGGGUCCCACCCCUACAUUUUUCUUCUUCUUCUCCUCCGCCUCCAAAUCAAUAGUAGUUCAGAAGCUUAAAAGAAUGGACCCGAAGUUCGCCGGAAAGCCCAUUCAGGCCCAAUUCCUUUCAGGUCAAAAUGACCUUGACCAGAUGCAGGAUACUCCGACCCGUGGGUCACGUCAUCGCCGGGCCCAAUCCGAAACCUUUUUCCGGUUUCCAAACUUCGACGAUGACAUCCUCUUAGACGACGUCGUUCCUGACUUCAACCUCGAUGUUCAGGCGCCGUCCCUCAUGCAGCAGCAGCAGCCUGCAAAUUCGGCUGAUUCUUCGUCAGCUGGGCCGGCGUUAUCAGCUGGGCCUUCCGAUAAUAACCCUAAGCCGCUGUCCCACUACCGUAGUCUCUCUGUGGAUGCUGAUUUUUUCGAUGGACUGGACUUUGGUGCUGCGGCGGCGGAGAAUAAGAUGAUGGGUGGUGGCCCGCGUCAUAGGCAUAGCAAUUCCAUGGAUGGGUCUUUUGACUUUGAGUCUGAAUCGCUUUCUGUGAAGAAGGCUAUGGCUCCUGACAAGCUUGCUGAGCUGUCCCUGAUUGAUCCCAAGAGAGCCAAAAGGAUUUUAGCCAACAGACAAUCUGCUGCACGUUCUAAGGAGCGGAAAACUCGUUAUACUGGUGAGCUAGAGAGGAAAGUGCAAACUCUGCAGACUGAAGCCACCACUCUAUCUGCACAGAUCACAGUUCUUCAGAGAGACACUUCUGGAAUAGCUGCUGAAAACAAAGAACUCAAAUUUCGGUUGCAAGCUUUGGAACAACAAGCACAUCUUAGAGAUGCUCUAAAUGAAACUUUGAGGGAAGAAGUGCAGCGGCUUAAGAUUGAAGCAGGCCAAAUUCCAGCUGCGAAUGGAAAUAGAGGAACGCGUUUUCAUUUACCUCCCCAACCACAGUCCUUUGUUCAAUGUGGUAACCACCAUCCACAACACCAGCAGCAGCACAUUCCGCGUUCGACUGCAAGUAACCAAACUGUCCCUGGGCAGUCUCAAUCUAGCUUCUUCAACUUCAACAACAGGGCUUGAAAGUCUCAAAGGUGAACUGGUCUGGUUAGUAAUUUAUCAAAGUAGAUGACCUUGUAAAUAUUGAUAUGUAGAAUGUGUGUAGAUUGUCAAAAGGUUAUUGAUCGAGUGUUGUUCAGCUCAAUAGCUUGUAACUUACCAAGUUUUUAACAAUAUGAUUACAGAUUCUUUGAUGUGGGAUGCCUGAUCUCGAGUUUAUUUUUAUUAAAUUAUAGAAUAUGAAACAUUUCAUCGA